CCUUGUUUUAAAUCAGCGCAGUGCGCCAGGGAUGCUUUGCAAGGCUUCUGCAUGGAGGGAGCACUUUCCCUCUGACGUUCUAGAUGUCGCUGUUGACCACACUUGAGAUGCAGCCGGGACUGUCCCGGGGAGCACGUGACUCGCGGGGAGGUAGCGGCUCAAGGCCAUUUUCAAAUCUCAUUGGCUUGGUUGUCAUGUGGUUGUGCAGAGGCAUCCACAAUUACACAGGGAAUGUUUUCCUAGAGAUGUCAGCCUACAAAGGACACAAUCUCUCUUCUUCAAAUUCCUCCCCAAAAUGUCCUUUCCAAACAGCUCUCCUGCUGCUAAUACUUUUUUAGUAGAUUCUUUGAUCAGUGCCUGUAGAAGUGACAGUUUUUAUUCUAACAGCGCCAGCAUGUACAUGCCACCUAGCACAGACAUUGGAACUUAUGGAAUGCAAACCUGUGGACUUCUACCGUCUCUGGCUAAAAGAGAAGUUAAUCACCAAAAUAUGGGUAUGAAUGUACAUCCUUAUAUACCUCAAGUAGACAGUUGGACAGAUCCGAACAGAUCUUGUCGAAUAGAGCAACCUGUUACACAGCAGGUGCCCACUUGUUCCUUUACUACAAAUAUUAAAGAAGAAAGCAAUUGCUGCAUGUAUUCUGAUAAGAGAACAAAACUCAUUUCUUCAGAAGUCCCUUCCUACCAGAGGUUGGUCUCUGAAUCAUGUCCCAUUGAAAAUCCCGAGGUUCCUGUCCCAGGAUAUUUUAGACUGAGCCAGACCUACGCCACUGGGAAAACCCAAGAGUACAAUAAUAGUCCUGAAACGAGUUCAACUGUAAUGUUACAGUUAAAUCCUCGCGGCAGCUCCAAACCGCAGAUAUCUUCUCAACUUCAGAUGGAAAAGAAAAUGAAUGAAAACCCGAACAACCAAGACAACUCAGCUAAAGUCUCUCAAGUGGAAAGUCCAGAGCCAAAGUCCACUUUGCAAGAGGAAAGGAGCUGCCUGGCUGAAGGCUCUGUGUCCAGCCCAGAAGUACAAGAGAAGGAAAGUAAAGAGGAAAUCAAGUCUGAUACUCCAACAAGCAAUUGGUUAACUGCAAAGAGUGGCAGAAAGAAGAGGUGUCCUUAUACUAAACAUCAAACACUGGAAUUAGAAAAAGAGUUCUUAUUCAAUAUGUAUCUCACUCGAGAGCGCCGCCUAGAGAUCAGUAAGAGCGUAAACCUCACUGACAGGCAGGUCAAGAUUUGGUUCCAAAACCGCAGAAUGAAGCUCAAGAAGAUGAGCAGGGAGAACCGAAUCCGAGAACUGACCGCUAAUCUGACCUUCUCUUAAACCGUAAACCUGGGGUUGAAGUGAGAAAUGGGCACGGCACCACCAGUUGCUAAAUGCAAGACUGACUUGGAGGGGGAAAAAACAAACCUUCAUUUUUCAUUUUUUUCUGAUAGAAUGUGACUUUUUGUCCUUCUUUUAGUGCUGCAAGUGAAUAUGUAUUACUAUGAUGAGUAUAUAUAUAUAUAUCUGUGUGUAUAUAUAUAUAUAUAUAUAUAUAUAUAUAUAAACCUAGCACGUGUAAUUUAUUUUUUUUUCUCAUCGUAAUGCAGGGUAACUGUUAUUGAACGUUAUCAUUUGGUCUUAACUUAUUGGAACUGUCGAACAUCCAAACAAUGUGACUUUUUCAUGUUUUUACUAACAAAAUGGUAUUUAUGUGGGGCUAUUACACGGGCCAUAACAUUUUGAAUACAUUCAGUACGUUAAGAGAAAAAGAAAAAACUUUUGGGGGAAAACAAAGCACAUUACAAUGUAACUAUCCUCUCGAAUGAACUUAGACAUUGUCCUUCGUCAAAUGGAUUCUUGAGUCCUUCUCCAUUGUAGACAUUUUCUUGUGGUGCAUAUGUGGUAUAGUAGUGAUUAUACAACAGCGAUAUGUCCUUCUUGUGCAUGUUCUACUCGCAUGUAUAAAUGCAAUAAACUCUGUAAACUACUGCGGUUGCUUUGGCUCUCUACAAAUGUUUAAAAGUGCAGAUGCAGGUUGGUUUCCCGGUCCUUCUUUACCAGCAGCUGUUUGGGUCGAUGUAGCUUCUUUUCUCUGUUAUUUUUCUUUGUGUGUGUCUGGUAUUUGGGGGAGGGGGUGGACCGGGGGUGGAAAAUAAUGUACAUCUAAUUCAUUUAUAAUUGUGACUGUAAACAACUGAUUCAUUGAACAAAUAUUGUGUAGUCGUUCUCAGUCUGAAAAGUGAAUGCAAAAAAAAAAAAAAGGAUGCUAAAAUGUUAUCACCUAAACUGGACAUCCUCAUCCAAUCAACUCAUAUAUGGUAAGUGAUAAAAAAAACCCUCUCUCGUACAAGCUGUCAGCAAUAUGCGUGUCAUUUUAUUUGACGUUAGCAUGUUGAUUUUAAAAAUAACAGUCCUUGUGUGCUCACAACGUGUAGAGUUUGAUUUCUCGUCCUCAGUUGCUUCCUUAAAAAUGCAACAUACGAAACGCAAA